UAUAUGUGGAGUAUUGCAGCUCUUUGUUACGCAUAAUUACGAUCCUCAAAGACGAAAUCCCCCAUGAUUCCCCGCUCCUCAUUUGCAUCUAGUUGACAAGGGGAUAGGGGUGUGGGGAAGGUUUUUAGAUUAAGAAUAAAAAUAUAGAAAAUUGUAGGUGUAAUUCCGUCAUGCCUCCAAAAGGUGUCAGCAAAGCAGUGAACAAGAAGUGUCCAGAGUGCAAGAAACAGAUUGCAGAUAGAAAUAUAGUACAGUACUGUAUACAGUACUAUUGUUUAAAUAACUUAGCAAAGGAAAUGAAGAUGAAAGUCUCUAAAUCUUAGCUCAGGUCAACAGAGAUGGCGGCAACCUAGUCUUGGGACCAAUGCACGAUUUUAAUGAAGAGGAAAAACUAGGGGAAAAAAUUUAAAGGAAAGGUGCUCUUCCUCCAACCUAGGUGCUUUAUUUUUAUGGUACCAGUGGCUACGAAACACUGUCACUGCGGUCAUCAGUUCUUUGAAGAGCGUCGGAGAUCAACUACAUCUAAUCCUUCAGAAGUAGAGGAUUUAGAAGACAAUACCCUGAAAGAUAUGAAACCAAGCCGUGGUGUUGCUACUUCUAGUUCUGUCAGUGGAAUGAUGGCCAUGGCUUCAUCUGUAGGGAAGGGAGAGUUGGGGUCACCAGCACCUGAGGGCAAGAGGCGCAGUGAGCGAGUCAAGAGAGAAAAACCAAACUUCUACGAUGCCUUAGAAUACGAAAAUCAAAUGAGGAAGGCACGAAAGGAGAGACAGAAGGAGGAGCCGCCAAACCCAACAGGAAGGGUGAAGAGGGAACGCAAAGUCAAGAACAACUCAGAGCCGGUUAGUGUUGCAAUAUACCGGUACAACAAGGAUGAGGAUGAAGAUGAGGAGCCUGUAAAAGAGAAGAAAAAGAAGAAGAAGAAAAAGAAUAACAACAAUGGUGAGAAGAAAGAGGAAGAGGUGGAUGAGGACAUUAUGUUGGGUAUAAGUGCUGAAAAGGAGAGGCAGUAUUCCAUUGUCCUCUCGGAUAUAAAUUUCAAACUUGGACUAAAUAAUCCAAAAUUUAUCAAGAUAUAGAUAUUGUAUGUAAUGGUAGGACUGAACAGUUGCUGAACUCUAGCCAAUCUGUGCUGGAGUUUCAAGUAAUCCAUUUGUGUCAAGAUAUAACAUUCGCCAGAGGAAUAAUGUGUACAGGAAUGUAAUUCCUGCCAUCAUUUGGAGCUUCCAAUUUCCAGUACCAUUUAUUGUGAUCUUGAGCUUAAAGUACCUGUAUGUCAUUUAUACACACUGUGGCAGUUGUAAAAUUUGCUCUGGAAAAUUGGAUAAUACACAUCUAACUGCCUCUUAUACAAACUUGUUCCAUCACUCAUACCAUGCAAUCUUUUCAUCUCCCAUUACUGCCCAUUUCACUUAUAUUGUUAGAUCAUGCCCAACCAUCUCAACACAUUAUUCAUAACAUUACCACCUGUAAAAAUCUUUCAUUCUUAUGGAAACAACAUUUCAAUCCCACAUCACUCAUUCUUCAGCAUCGGCUGUUGUAGGUUCAUUGUAUAUAUACAUUCAUACACCUGUUGUAAUUUAAUCUUUUCAUUUUAUGACUUAGUGAAAUCCUUUUCUAGAAAGGAACUUUUCUAUGUUGAGGAAGUUUGAUGAACUUGAAAUAUGUUAAAUGUUACCCAUUCUUACCCUAACUUAAACCUGAUAUCCCACUGUAAAUGCUAGAUGGAACUGAAUGUGCUGUAGUGGCUUCUCACUGUGAGUGUUGGACAGAGCAGAUUGUACUGUGAUGGUUUUGGGAAUUGAAAGCUAAUUGUUGGCAUUGUUAUAAGCAAGUGACUGUUUGCCAGAGAUGUCAAAUUUGGAAUUACGGGAAAAAUCAAGUGCUUACAGUGGCAAUGACAAGGUAGGUUACAGUCUUGCAGGUCUACUUACAGUAGAUGUGCACUGCUGUGGUCUAGUGCUUAACUGUGUAACAACAUGUAUUUAUAGACAUCUUUAAAUAAAAAAAGGCUAGCUUAGUCUAUGGCCACAGUAAUAUGAAAAUAUUUGUAAGGUGAGAACAUGCUGUAUAGAAGUUAAUGCCACUGGAGUUAUGUACAUUGAUUCCUCUGCUGUUUAUCUUCCUUCACUGGUAAUCUGUAAGGAAUCAUGAUUAUAUAAAUGACAUUGUACAGUAUUUUCAGUGUGUGUGGUUGAGUAUCAUGAGAUUUGUUUGUGUUAUAUGACAAGUUUUAGUGGAGUAAGAGUGUGUAGGAUAUGAAAUAGCAUUUAAUUACUGUUUGUGAUGUUUUUCCUUCUCAUGAAAUGAUAAUAAUUAUGAGUUAUCUCAUUAGUUUAUGACUCACUUCUCCUGAAGAAGUUGUUUUCCUUUCAUCAUGAAGGAAAUGUACAGUCCCCCAAGUAUUGUUAGCUGUGAGGUCGAUGUGAUUCAAGGCUUUCCGAGCACUGUUACGCGACCUGUUUCUGAAUGGUGGUAGUUCUACAUCCGCGACCUUUGUGCAAGAAUGAGUAUCUAGUAUGCCAUACAAGGAUGUCUCCCUCUCCCAACUUUAGCUACAGCUGAUAUUAUGAUGCAUUUCGAAUUGUAGUGAUGGAAAAUUUUACGAUACUUUUUGGGCGGAUUGCACAGUAUAAAAUAGACUUUAAUUAAAAAAAUAUUAAUCAUUUUUAUAAUGAGAUGACUAUGUCAUUCAUUAAAUUUUUACUGCAGCUACUGUUUAUUAAGUUGUGGAAAUUUUUAUUUUUUAUUUAUCUUCUCAUGUAGAAAGAUGUAUUCAUUUCUUACCCAGUUAUGUCAGUACUUAGUGGCAUGAUUUUUAUAUAUACCCGUACAGUAUAAAGUUAAUUUUGUUUUUGAUGAAACAUAUUUUUAUAUUUUAUAAUAACUUCAACCUUCCCAUAAAACAGGUUUUGUACAAUAUUUUACUAAUUUCCUGGUCUUUUGUCAUUAAUAAAAAUUUUUACCAAGUUAACUACUCUCAUGAAAUAAGUUUUUAAUACACUUCUCUCUUACCAACUUGUGAAUUUAAAAAAUAUCAAUGUUUAAGUUUGUCUCCUCAUACAUCCAAGAGAACCAGGUUCAUUACAGUUGAAUCCAAUGAUGCAGUUAUAUAUAAUGUUAAGUGCCAAGUUACCAGACAGUAAGUUUGUGUUCACUUAACAAUUUAUAUUUUUUAUCACUCUUGAAAGAAAAUUACUUUGCGAACUAAAAGAUGAAUUUUAGUAUUUUCUUUCAAGGUUCAGUACCUCUUGAUACACAGCAUAAAUGUGGGAGUGCAGUAGAGAGACAACAAGUGGGUGGAAUAUUCCUGUGCGACUAAGAAAUUUAAUUGCUCCGUCUUCCACAGUUUUAUGCAACUACAGUAAUCCUGUAAUGUGUUCUAAUUGUUUUGUAUUUGUUCUGUAUAUAAACAAGUUGAGUUGGUUUAUGAUUCUCUGAACUGUGCCGACUUUUAUGCAAAUAUAGAUUUAGAUUUAGGAUAGAUGCAUUGAUAGCAGAUGUGUAUUGUAAAUUAACAGAUUUUGUCAAUACAGUACAACCCAUCACAAUGUUCUGAUAAGUUUCUAGUGGUCUUAAACUAGGUUUAAAAAAGUGCACAUAUUGGUGUCUGAAACCAUAAAAUACAGCUAAAAUUACUUAACAAGGAAGUGCAACUAACAGGAAAGGCCUACUUACUCGCAUCCAGAAUUGUCAUGGAGAGGAGCAUCAUUUUAGGCUUCAAUUAUUUACCAUUGAGGGCCACUAAGAAAGGUAUGUGCUGAACAAUGAUUUUUUCAUUGCACUUUUCUCUGUUGACAGUAAUGAAACAAAAUAGUUUUAUUAACUGAACUCUGUUGUUAGUAUUUUUAAUUAUUAUUUUAAUAAAUGAACUUCACAUUAACAGCCAAGUACUGUACUAAUGCAAAGUUAAUUAUAUUAUAUUUAUAUAGCUAUAUUAGCUUACAAGAGUGUUCAGGAAACCUAACCACUUCCCAAGGAAUUAUGGAAGACAACUUAUAUGCAUAACUUAUGUGAUCCCAGCAUGUGAAACUUUAAAUAGUUUUUGGUUACAUAUUUCUGCUGUAAAUUAAUUAGACUUUCUUUAUACUUUGAAAUAAUGUGAUGAACAUCAUGAAGCAUAACUACUGAUAAACCUACACAUUUCUACAGCAUUUGUUGACAAUUUUAUUAUCAGACAAGAUGAGUGCACAGUUCUGCUUAACAUUUUCAAAAUAUUAAGAAUUAUAUUUUCUAUCUCUUGUUAUUAAAAUACUGUAAUAAUAUUUCCAAUUUAUAAAUGCUGUUUACAAAAUCAUUUUCAGUUAACAUUAAUUGAUAAUUUUGGUUAGAAUUGGCAUUACUGAAAGUAGCUUUGCCAUUUGUCAAAAAGUAACAUUGUUUUAAAUAACUUAUUUAAGGUUGUAAAUAUACUAUACAGCCCAUCCAAAAAGUCUUUGCCCAAUUGGAAAUAAUUGAGAACUCUUACAAGAAGAGGAAUAAACAUAAUUUUGGAACCAAAGCAAAAUUACUUACUAUGCAUUUUAUUCAAAUCAUAACAAAACACAGUCGGUACAGUGUUUCAUUCUGCAAACAAAAUUGUUAUAAAUUAAUAUACCCUAGCUCCAUUUGUCUGAAGACUUAUUUGAUAUACAGUUUGUAUUUUUCUCGAAAAACUACUGUACAGUACCAUAAAUAAGGACUUUACACCCAACUUCCACUCACCUGUCUUCUACUGUAGAAUCUUCUUAAAACAUUAAACUGAAAUUUAAGAUGAAAUUUCAAAGUCAAAUAUGUCCAUCUAAAGUAUUUAAUGUAUUUUGUGUGUGUCUCUUUUCAUAUAGUUCAUCUGUAAUUAUUCAUCUCAUUAAAAAUAAGACAAUGUGUACUUGGGAAAAUAAAUGAUUUUCCAAUAAAUAUA